GGGCAGGCAGGCAGGCAGGCAGGGCCUGUGGGGCUCUGAGAAGGACCGACUGGUUGGCCUGGGGGGACCAUCUCCUGACAGAAAUGGGAAUCACUGUGGAUGUGCACCAAGUGUACAGAUACCCAUUCGAGCAAGUGGUGGCCAGCUUCCUCAGAAAGUACCCUAACUCCAUGGAUAAAAACGUGAUUGCUGUGAAAAUUGUGGAAGAACGAACAGAUGUCUCAACAGGGAUCAUCUACAGAAAGAGGAUUGCAAUCUGUCAGAAUGUGAUUCCAGAAAUUUUAAGAAAGGUGAGCAUUUUAAAAGUGCCAAAUAUCCAGUUGGAAGAGGAAUCAUGGCUUAAUCCUCAGGAAAGAAAUAUGGCUAUAAGAAGUCACUGCCUAACAUGGACCCAAUAUGCAUCCAUGAAUGAAGAAUCUGUCUUCAGGGAAAGCUUAGAAAAUCCAAAUUGGACAGAAUUCAUACAAAGAGGCAGAAUAUCAGUCACUGGGGCAGGAUUUCUCAACUGCAUAUUAGAGACUUUUGCCCGUACUUUUCUAAAGCAGGGCGCCCAGAAGGGAAUUAGAAUAAUGGAAACUCUUCUGAAAGAACAGUGUGGGACCCCCUUAUCUGAAUAAGGAAUGAUCAGGGGAGUUGAGUCCAUGUCUGCGGUUCCGAGAGAACAAUGCCUUCGUAGCCACUGCAUUUCUUAAACCUUUCCAGCCAUAGAGUGAGGAUGGCUCAAGAAUACGGCAUGGACAGCUUGAAGAAAAGGUGUUAGCCUUCUACAAGUAUUUAAAAGGAUACACUCUUUUGGGAGUAUGGUUCUUUUUCCAUUUGCUGAAAGAAAAUGUGACUCUUGGGGAUAAGUUCUUCAAUUUGAAUUUUAUUUGAAUUUUAAUUUUUUUUACUUUGAAAAUGAAAAAGACAUGAUAUUUAGGAUAAUUUUUGCUAAUUAGUGAUGCUCUAUAAUUCUCUUAUGCCAUAAAAGCAACAAGAAUUGUUUAGGAAGACUAGAUAGUGGUCUUCUACAUGCAUGGAACACCACUAUAGCCAUAAGAUUGUGUAGAUUAGUAAAGUUAAAUUCAACUCUUAGAAGAAAUAAGGAAUUGUACUUUGAACCUGAGAUGGUCUGUGAUAGUCAGGCUGUUGUUGGAUUAUGCGAAAAACAAAUUACCUUUAUAGUACAUGUGUUAUGAUGAUUUGAUAUCCUUUUUAUAACCCUCAAAAGAAGAACAUUUGCUAUCUUUCCUAUAAUAACCAUUUUAUAUUCCGAUAUUUUAGCUAAAUCCAUGAUAUUUAGUAGAGCAUUAGGUUGGAUAUAAGGAGCCUUGAGCUUUAGUCUUUACUGAUUCAGAUCACUUAACUAAUUUUAAUUUUCUUAUCUGUUCAGUGGGAUAAGACUCGCUCUAGGACCCUGUUUGGGUUGUUAGGAAGGAAUGAAAGAAGCAAGCAUUUAUUAAGUGUCUACUAUAUGUCAGACAAUGUUAAGAGCUUUACACAACCCUGGAAGGUAGGUGUUAUUAUUAUCCCCAUUUUAUAGAUGAAGAAACUUUGACACACAAAGGUUAAAUGACUUCCUUAGGGUCACACAGCUAGGAAGUAUCUGAGGCUGGAUUUGAACUCAGGUCUUCCUGACCUGAUAGGCUCAGUGCUCUAUCUGCUGUGCUACCUAGAUCAAGUCAGAUAAUUGAUGUGAAAGCACUUUGAAAAGAUGAAAGCAGUACAAUUAUUUCUUAAAAACCACAGUUCAGUACUGCUUUAUUCUAUUAGAGAAAGACAAAAUAAACAAAACAUAAAUGAAGUUCUUAAUGGCGUUCUAAACCAAAGGUUUGGGAGAUAAUAACUUUCAAGUCAUCUUAGGAUAGAGAAAAUGGACCAUCAUUGAUAAGUCUCAGAAGGUUGUUCUUUAUUGUUCAUAUUCAAACCUUCAUUUUACUUCAGGCACCAAUAGAUUUUAAAGUUAUUGUACUUUUCAUGGCAAGCUUUCAAUUGUGAAUCUGUAUUUCUUAUAUUUGUGUUGCUUGAUUUUUGUUUCUCAUGAUAAUUUCCCCUUGUUUUCUUGCUAUAUCAUUCAACCUUCAUUUGUACUGGGAGGAAAAUAUGAAGGCCAGAACCUAGAAGUUACUGUGGCUUUUCCAUCCGUAUGUGGUACAUGGACUUUUUGAAUGACAGCCUAGUUCCAAAAAUAAGAUGCAAUAAUUUUGCUCUUCCAGUGAAGUUGUAUCUGAUUUGCUUCUUUUCCUGAAGAACUUAAGGUCAUUUACAGAGAUUAUCUUCCUCUCUUUUACAUGACCCCUUUGAAGAAGUUAGGGAUCUUUAGUAUUAUGUCCAUUUUAGAGAUAAAAAAAAACCUAAAGCACAGAGAGGCAGAAUUUCCUUUAUAAUUGAAUUGCUUAAGGAGUUUAAAGGUCAGCCAAAAAACCAUUAGUCACUAAUAGUCCUUUGCAGAGUUGCUUCUUCUAAUUUGCUGGAUUUCAUCCUUCUGUGCAUUCUCUACCCAAAGGUCACCUUUAUAGUAAAGUACACUUCUUAGACUUGUGGUAAUCAUUUUUGCCUGCUCGCUUUAUUUUUACAGGUAUUGAUAGCUUUGUGCAUCAAAUCUGUUUUGAUAUUCAAUUUUUUUUAUUGGUUAUGGCUUAUAAUUUAUUUUAAUUCUAUAUACCUGUCAUUGUCAUGUGAUCAGACAUCUGAAACUCCCUAUUUGGCUGCCCUGUUUUUCCCUCAUCUUGAAACUGAGAUGAAGCUGUAACUUGCAAAAAUAGGAAUAGUUUGGGAAGGUGUCUAUUCUCAGCAGUUGGUUUGAGUAACCUUUAAUCUAGUUGGUGAGUUUAGGUCACCAAACAGCCAACUGGAAAAAAAAAUCUAUAAAAGACAUUUUUGCUAAUCUAUUCAAUUAUAUCAUGCACAUUUCCAGUUGUUUUUGAAGGCUUUGUAAUUGAUUCAACCACUGGUCAAUAAAGUUUUUAGUUCAGAAUAUGGAAAAUACAGAAAAUUCCAUUUAUGAGGAAAGCUGAUUUAAGAUUUUGCCUGUUAUUGUUUCACCUUGGUAAAGUUUUAUCCAUUCAAUCAUACGCUGAUGAAAGAUGCAAUAUUUUAAUAUAAACUGUAUCAUGUGUUUUAUAUUCAGUAACACUUUAUUUAUCUGACACGUUGGUGGAAUAGAAUGAUCCACAUAAAUGAAUUUUACAGGUAACCAAAGCUUGCCAUCUCAAGUGGCAAUCUUUUAAAAUUUUCUGAUGGAAAUUUUGCCAAAACGUAUGACAUGCUUCUUAAAUAGUGUUCUAAACAUAGUUUUAAUAUCUUCUUGUUGGUCAGCAUCACGAAUGUCAAUCAUUGCACUAUUCUGUAAUUCACUGAAACCCUGAGGCUGCUAUCAUAGUAUAUUAAGGAGUUUAUCCCUACACUAAAAAUCCCUGGAUUGCAGUAUUUUUUAAAAAUUUAACUUGUUUUUUAAAUACACACACACAUAUAUUUUUUUUCUUUAGAAUUUACAGUCAGCUGUAAAUUCUUAGGUUCCAAUUCUAAUAUGUAAGAGCUAUAAACCUAGAUAAUUAGGAAUGCUAUAAUCUUAUAUAAAAUAAAAGCCAAUAAUUUCUAAUGGAUUGGGGUGCUAUCCUAUGAACAUGGGUAUAUGGCUAUCAUGGCUGGUUUUUUUUUUGUCAUUGCCAAGAGACUUUUUUUCAUUGUCUUCUUGGUUCUUUUCUAUAGUGGGUAUGUAUAAUUUAGGAUCAUAGAAUAAUAAAUUUAGAGCUGAAACAGAUCUCAGAUGAUGGACUAGGUGCUAUCUAGUCCAUCCCUGAGAGGUUAAGUGACUUUUCCAAUGUCUUACAUGUGUGGUAAUGAUUAUAUAAGUGACUUUCAGAUGAGUGUGACAUUCUGUAAUUACACAAUUUAAUUGUAAUUAACAAUUAAAUCUACUGAACUAUUGUUCAGUUAUUUUCUUUAAACAUUUUAAAGCAGAUUCAAUAAUGUAUGGAUUAAAAUUCAACUGAAUAUUUCUCAUACCAAGCCCGUUAUAGUUAGAAGAUGCCUGAUGAGGUAUUUUGAUUCAGUGUUACUGUGAUUUAAGGGAGAGGAGGCAAAUCUACUGAAUGCUCUGUGUAACAUUCUUGAAAGGAAUAGUUAAUAAAUUGCUGUCACUAUGAAAUAAAGGUGUUUCAAUU